AAACUGUCCCCUCUCGGUCCCUGUCCUGAAAGUAUCGGAGCGCAUAGCAUUCUAAAGCGAUGCUGUAAGAGCAGUGCCUUGACGGGAUGACGAAUCUGAUAGAAGAUUAUUGUCAGUCGGGCGCAAGAACCAGGCCGUUGUCUUCAAGGUGAUCAAGACGAAGGCCCGUCGUGCGUGAAUCCAAAUUGCCGACAUUAACAGAACAAAAAACAGGAUAACCAGCUGUCUUAGCGAUGUGUGGCAGUGCAAGUCGGUGCGGGUCUAUGAGCAUGUCAGUUCGCGAUAAAAUGGCGCCAAAGUGAAACUGAUUUUUCAUAAAUGUUUAUCGGAUGCUGGUUUGAUUGCGUUUCUCUAUUUAUUUGGUUUGUAGGUCAACAGUACUCACGUAGACGAGUAAGUAGGUGAAGGUGUGAGACAGGCUUUGAUGGCUGAGCCGAGCGUACGUGCUUGCUGGUACUCACUGGGGUUGCUGCAUAUUUUCAGUACAACCAAAACAUCGUAAACAUGUAGCGAGUACGCAAACGAGUACGUAUUUUGGCCACAUGCUGCAGCGUCACAAAAACAGAAGUAGAAGCAACGAUAAGUGACGCUGACUCAUGCGAAACAAGUAUACACCAUUGCUUCGAAACUCGGAAUCAAAUUGAUUUGAAUGUCGUUGCCCUUGCCCCUCGUAGUAAGUCGGCGAGUUGUUCUCCGUUCGAGUAGCAGCAUCGUAUUUAUGAAGCGUAACGCGACGGUGAUGUGGAUGUCGCUACCUGCUUCGUUACAGCCAGGCACCAUUUCUAGGCUGUGUUUGUUAUAAUUGAUUGAUAAUGAAAGAAUUUGUCUUGAUGAAUAUGUCGUCCUCGUCUUGAAUUUGAUCUAGUUCUAAGCCAGGACCCUCUAGUACCCAACGACCCCAUGACCGACAUCCUCGUCAAUUUCUGGCAGUAUGAGCCGGUGCGCGUUUGGCGCCGUGGGUUGGUGGAUUCCAUUUCGAUCCACCGGUCCAUCCCGUUCGUCGUCCGCUCACAGUUGAUCCGGCAGCGCAUGCUGCAGUGCUUCUUGCUGAACGGGAUCAUUUUUGUGGGCAGCAUCCUGCUCUACAGCAACGUGAUCAGCCCUCUGUUGUCCUUCUUGCUUAAAACCGACGUAUUGCAGCAGCUGCUCUACGCUCCGGAGACAACCUCGAGUGCAAUUUACACCCCAGACGCAGGGGGAAUUGCGCCUUUCCAGGCGGGUAGUACAACUACCGGCGAAAGUAGAUUCUUGGAAAACACUGAAAGUAGUGGCGCCAUCAACAACAUAAUUGGGGAGCAGGCAACGCUGCGAAACGGACUUCUAGCGCAAGAAUCCGAACUUCCUCCUGGCUCCGCUUCUGCCCAACACGAUAAUCUCCUGUCAGGAGCUUCCACCGACCAGGAGUCCGCUGCUCGCCGAGCAGCCCUUGAUGCAAGUUCCUCCGCGUCUGGGGCCACAACUGGGAUCCUGGUUCAGCACGACACGCUGAUUUUGACCUUGUUUUCUGUGCUGUACAAGUUGCUGUGGCUGUACCCGAUUUACUGUAUUUCGUUCAUUUUGAACACUGUAGCGUACCAAGAUAUCGCAGAUUGCUGCCAGCUCGAAACAGCGGAUGAGAAGAAGAAUCCCAGCCUGCAGCAGCGGAUCGUCGACGAGGCUUUUUUAUGGAUUGCAAAUAUGUACUACGGGUCUGGAAGUAUGUACUGUUGAUAUUUGCAUCACAGACUCGCCGCUUGCACGGCAUCGCAGCAUCAGAAGUUUUUUGAUGCUUCUUGGAGAUUCAUUCUUGGUACAACGCAUGACCAAGAACUGGGUUCUAGCACGACGAAAAAGCGGGCGACUCCUGUUUAUGCAUCAAAGAUUUUGAUGCUGUCCUUCUUGCAUCACAGAUCCAGACCCAGACGUAUUUGCAAAAUGCAUAACUCCGGGUGCUGCUGAACCUGAUCUACAUCCUGUGCUCAACUUUGAUGUACUACUGCAUCCCCUUCGGAGUCGGGAAGUUCUUCUACUUUGUCGCCAGUUGCUGGCUUGCCUCCUUGUACUGCUUCGAAUACCGCUGGGUCUUCCUCGGGUGGAACUCGCACCAGCGGCUCAGCUACUCUAAGGAAAAAUCCCCCCUCCCCAUAUUGAAACCGCACCCGGCUGAAAAUUUGUGAUGGAGAUUUGUUGCCACAAAUCGAGUCUGUCUUGCAAGAAGGCACAUUCAGGAUGUCCGCUACGUUGUGCAGGCCAUUUGUAAUGCUGGAAGGCCUACAGGGUAGCCGUCUACCAUGCUAGACGCCUACACCAAAUGGCCCCUAAGUGCCUGGGCUUUGCUUAGGAUCUGCGUGCCGUCCUCUACUGCGACACAGAUUGGAUUUGUGUAUCCAAAUCCAGCAUGAGAAGUUUCGUUUUGUUACGGGGAGGGGGGAUUUUUCCUUUCGAUAUCAGCUACUUCGAAUCGCACUGGCUCUACUUCUGUGGAUUCGGCUUCCCUAUCGCUUUCCUCUCCUACACCUCCCCCACCUUUAUCGACAACGGCAUCUUCGCGCUGAUCUUUCCCUUCUUCAUCCUGACCAGCUCGGUCGCCAGUCCGCAGGGCUUGCCGGUGCGGACUUACAGGGCGAAUGAAGGAGUUCUUGCGGCGGCGGGGGGGAGAAGUUCCGGUGGCACGACUAGAAGUACAGAGAUCAUGACAAAUAAACACACAACGACGACCAACAACGGUGAUGCGACUAAUUAUGCGUCAACAAGAUCACGGGGCUCCAGGACCACGACCUCCGCAGGGUUCAGUACAGCCGCUGGAGGUUCAAUUUCAUCAACACCGACCUCAUCUGCAGGUUCUUCUGGCGCGGCGCAAACAGUCGGAGGUGCAACAGCUGCGUCUCAACAGCAGCAGCAGAUGAAUACUAGCGUGAACCACAACAACUACAAAGUGCACCGGAUCCCGAUCUUCUGGUUGGUGGCCAAGCUGACCACGUUUCUGCUCAGUUACUGCGAACGACGUCGAGCAGACCCGGCGGGGGGAGGUGGUGGGGGCAGUAAUCACAGCCAGUCGAACGGUUCUUCCGGUGUUUCAUCUUCUCGUGGCGACCACAGGAAAUCACGUAUGUCAGGGGGUAAUGCUGAACAAAGUACGACGAGGAGUAAGCAUCAUGGGUCCUCUUCGAAAACCAACUUGAUGAAUAGGACACGGUGAUGAAAGAGUUUUUAUGAAGUAGCACGAUAAGUAGGAGAAAAAAAAUCACAGGUGUUCAUCUUGAUGUGCACCACCGUCCGAGAAUAAAGAGCGAAGUUUUGAUAUUGCAUACUACACACAGAUCCAUAAAGAUCUUGGGAGCAACGUAAGUAAGUACUUCAUCUUCAUCGCGGCCAUGAUCUUUACUGUGUCAAACCUGUU